CAGUCUUCCCAGGGGGUGUGAGGAGUGAGUAGCUGCGCAGACCAGGCUGUCCGCGCUGAGAGAAGUCCCCGGCGCUCAGCCCUGUCUAGCCGGGCUCUCCAUUCGGGAGCCCACCACUCGCACACAUCACAGCGCACGCAGUUCAGGUGCGCGCCGCGUCAGCCCUUACCCGCACCAGGGUCCAGCUUGAAGCUAAAGAAUGGCAACUGAGAAAAAGAAACCUGAAAAUCUUCAGUGUUCAGAUGAACACUCAAUUCAGCUUUCAAACCCACAUAUUUCAGAAAUGAAGGAAGAUAUUCUUUACCAUUUCAAUCUUGGAACUAAAACUCAUGAUUUACAGGCUAUGUUUGGAGAUGUAAAGUUUGUAUGCGUUGGAGGAAGUCCUGCCCGGAUGAAAUCUUUCAUUAGCUAUAUUGGUGAAGAAUUGGGGCUUGCACCACCUGGCAUGGACCAUCCUAACAUUUGUCAAGGAACUGACCGCUAUGCCAUGUAUAAGAUUGGACCUGUGUUAUCAGUUAGCCAUGGUAUGGGAGUUCCUUCCAUUGGAAUCAUGUUACAUGAACUCAUCAAGUUACUGUACCAUGCCAAGUGUUCUGAUGUUGUUGUCAUUCGCAUUGGCACAUGCGGUGGAAUAGGUCUGGAGCCUGGUUCAGUGGUGGUAACUAGAAAAGCUACGGAUUCUUGCUUCAAACCUGAAUUUGAACAAAUUGUUUUGGGGAAACGCAUAGUGCGAAGUACGGAGCUUAGUGAUGAACUAAAUCAGGAAUUAAUGGCCUGUGCCAAGGAGAUGAAUGAGUUUAACACUGUUAUAGGAAACACCAUGUGUACCUUAGACUUCUAUGAAGGUCAAGCUCGGCUGGAUGGUGCUUUCUGCUCAUAUACUGAGAAGGAUAAGCAAGAAUAUUUACAGGCAGCUUAUGAUGCAGGAAUCAGAAACAUUGAGAUGGAAUCUUCUAUCUUUGCAGCCAUGUGUGGUGCUAGCAGCAUCAAAGCUGCUGUCGUGUGUGUUACUCUUCUAAAUCGUCUCCGUGAAGAUCAGAUUAGCAGCUCCCAUGAGGUACUUGCUGAGUAUCAAAAGAGACCACAGAAGUUAGUAGGAUACUUCAUCAAGAAACGUCUGGAAGGAAAAGCAUGAAAAUAUUGUUUUUUUUUUUUUACAUUGAGAAAAUACUAUAAUUGUUUGCAGUUGAAAUAAUGUGUCCCAUUUGUAU